AUGUCAGCGAUACCGACCGCCGCAGACUCCGAGCAGGAUCCCGAGCGGGAUGCGACGAGUCCGACAGCCGUCCGGGCGCCAAGGCCGAUUGCCGGGCCGAUGUUCCGCUCCGUGCCGUUUCAAAUCGUUGUUGCUUGCGGUGUGUCAUUCACGGCGCCCGGAAUGUGGGAUGCAUUAGGCGGCCUAGGCGCAGGUGGGGCUGCCGAACCGUAUGCUGUCUCUGCAGCGAAUGCAUUGGUCUAUGGUUUGUUUGCUAUUGUCUGUGUGGCCGCUGGUGCCAUCAACAACCGAAUCGGGCUACCGUACGGACUGGCACUCGGUGCGAUUGGCUACCCUCUUUACGGAGCGGGACUCUACACAAACAAUAAGAGCGCCAAUACGUGGUUCAUGCUAUUUGGCAGCGCCUUAUGCGGGAUAUCUGCAGGCUUCUUCUGGGCAGCUGAGGCAGCUAUCAUCAUCGGUUACCCAUCUCCAGGGGAUCGCGCGUUCUACCUCGCCAUCUGGCAGACGGCGAAAGCUGCCGGGCCCAUUGUCGGCGGUGCUAUCAACCUUGGUCUGAAUGCCAGCAAAAAGACGACGGGGUCAGUUUCAUCCUCGACAUACAUUGUCUUCAUAGUCAUCAUGUGCAUAGGGCUUCCCAUCGCGCUGUGCUUGUCACCCCCGAAUAUGGUAUGGCGUCGGGACGGGACUCGGAUCAGCACAAAUGUUGGCUCCAGUUGGGGAUCCGAGUUCAAGGCAGUCGGCAAGUUGUUCGCCAGCCGGAGAAUCUUGCUACUUCUCCCGGCGUUCUUUAUCAGCUAUUUCUACAACGGCUUUAUGAGCACUUGGCUGGCAACGUAUUUCACGGUUCGCUCCCGCGCAUUCUCGAGCUUCUUCACAAAUUUUGCAGGAAUCUUUAGCUCAUUCCUCGUUGCCAUGCUGCUGGAUAACCAAAGGGUUUUUAUCAAGACCCGUGGCCGCAUUGUCUUUUCAUCAAUCAUCGUAGUUCUUGCCGGAACCUGGAUAUGGGCUAUUGUCUUGCAGAAGCAAAUCUAUGACGCGGACGAGGCACCUGCAUAUGACUGGUUCACGGGUGGCUUUGGUAAGAGUUAUGCUCUUGUGUUCUUUUGGCAGUUCGGGGGCCAGGCAUUCCAGCAAUUUCUGUAUUGGCUCGUUGGCCAAUAUGCCACAGAUCUUUCUGAUCUGAGCAGACACACAGGAAUAUUGAGAGGCACAGAGGCACUGGGUCAGACCGUUGCUUGGGCGUAA